AUGGCCCAAGCCGCUACGCGACCUUCCCGCAUAUACAGGGCGACGAUAUCGUUUAGGAAUGAGAGACGAGCCCGAAUUGCCAUCGUGUGCGCCCUUCCGCUCGAUGCAAACACUGUGGUCGUCCUCUUCGGUAAGGCGCAGGAAGAUGACGACGAAGCAUUCAACCCGUAUGAUGAACCCGUAGGCGAACCCACAAGCCGCGAGACACCUGGCUUUCCUGGUAUCAAUCAAUCGCAACGUUAUACCUUACCCAAUUCUGUCUGGAUGUUCCAAGGAACUCUUGCUAUCGGCUCUGUAUACUCUAUUCGGUUUGGAGAGAGUGUUCUCAACAGCAAAAGAACCCAAUCUUUCACUUUCAAAGAUACCCUGUAUCAUAUCGAGCAAGUUCUCACACCUGAUUCGAAAAUGGGAAAGCCAUGGCCUGAGGAGAGAGUAUUGACCUUAUGCCUUGACUGUCGUUCACGUGCUCUAGCCAGAGCUCGGAGACGAUGCAUGGGAGGCUGGGAUGUCGAGUGGGACGCUAUCUAG